UGUGGUGUACAAUGAGCAGAAUUUUGAUUGUGGUCAAAAUGAUAUUUACUAACAUUUUAAAAUAAUUUUAGUGCUCGAAAUAGUUAUUUAAUAAUGGAAGAAUAACGCCGCAAUCAUGUCGUAUCGAGCCGAAAGUGUUGAGAUCCCUCUACGGGAUUCAGACGAGGUGAUCGAACUGAAUUUCAAUGAUUUACCCUCCAAUGUAAAGGAUACAAUUGAAAUUUUAAGCUCGGAAAAUACUCGUCUACAUUAUUGGGUCACAUUGGCGAUCGAGUAUUACCGGAGAGGUCAUGUCGAAGCAUUUAAAUUACUUCUUGAGAGAUCGAAAUCCGAUGCUAAUAUCGAUUAUCCGGAUUUCGAACGUGAUCAAAUGAGAGCUUUAGAUUUACUGGCGAAUUACUACGUACAACAAGCGAACAAGGAGAAAAACAAGAAGCAGAAAACCGAACUAUUCUCGAAAGCUGAUCAACUUUUCAAUGCGGCCGAUAAAAUUAUUAUGUACGAUCAAGACCAUCUUAUGGGUCGAGCGUAUUUUUCCAUGUUGGAAGGCGAAAAGAUAGAUCAAGCCGAUGCUCAGUUUAAUUUCGUUUUGAAUCAGUCUCCUAAUAAUAUACCGGCGUUGUUGGGUAAAGCUUGCAUUUUUUUCAACAAGAAGGAUUACAAAGGAGCGUUAGCUUAUUAUAAACGAGUCAUUAGAAAAAAUCCGAAAUGUCCUGCUGUCGUUCGUGUCGGUCUUGGGCAUUGUUUUCUGAAACUCGGAAAUCAAGAGAAAGCUAUCGCUGCUUUCGAACGAGCUUUACAAUUAGAUUCGAAAUGCGUUGGAGCUUUAAUAGGUUUAGCUAUUUCACGUAUGAAUAGACAGGAAUCGGAUGAUAUACGAGCCGGAGUUGAAAUGUUAUCGAAGGCGUUUCACAUCGAUCGUACGAAUUCCAUGGUUUUGAAUCAUUUAGCUAAUCAUUUCUUCUUCAAAAAAGAUUAUACCAAAGCUAGAGAUUUAGCUUGCCACGCCAUCGGUUAUACUGAAAAUGAAGCCAUGAGAGCUGAAAGUUGUUAUCAAUUGGCUAGAAUAUUCCACGUUCAGAGUGAUUACGAUCAAGCAUUUCAGUAUUAUUAUCAAUCUACGCAGUUCGCUUCACCUAAUUUCGUCCUACCUUACUACGGUCUCGGCCAGAUGUACAUUUAUCGUCACGAUUCGGAAAAUGCAGCUCAAUGCUUCGAAAAAGUUUUGAAAGUGCAGCCAGGAAAUUACGAAACGAUGAAAAUUCUAGGAUCUUUGUACGCAAACGCACCCAGCCCUUCUAAACGAGAUAUAGCUAAGAAUUAUUUGAAAAAGGUAACCGAGCAAUUCCCAGACGAUGUCGAAGCGUGGAUCGAAUUAGCUCAAAUUCUCGAACAAUCCGACCUCCAAGGAUCACUCCAAGCGUAUAAUACCGCGUGUAAGAUAAUGAAAGAGAAUAUUCAAGCCGAAGUACCGCCGGAGAUACUGAAUAACAUAUCAGCCCUUCAAUACCGUCUGGGAAAUUUGGAGGAAGCUCGAGAUAAAUUCUCCGAAGCGUUGGCUCGUUGCAAACGUGAAAGCGAACAAGAUCCUACGUAUUAUAAUUCUAUCUCGGUUACCAUUACCUAUAAUGUGGCUAGAACCAACGAAGCAUUAUGUCAGUUCGAUCGAGCCGAAGUCCUGUAUAAAGAUAUUCUUAAAGAACAUCCUAAUUAUAUCGAUUGUUACCUGAGACUCGGUUGUAUGGCUCGAGACAAGAAUCAAAUCUACGAAGCUUCGGACUGGUUUAAAGAAGCUUUACACAUAGAUACCGAACAUCCGGACGCUUGGUCUUUGCUGGGAAAUCUGCAUUUAGCUAAAUUAGAAUGGGGCCCAGGGCAGAAAAAAUUCGAACGUAUUUUAAAAAAUCAACAUCACGUAUUAGACUCGUAUUCGUUGAUAGCCUUGGGCAAUAUUUGGCUGCAAGCUUUGCACGUUCCUAUCAAAGAUAAAGGUCGUGAAAAAGUUCUCCAAAGUAGAGCUUUGUCCUUGUAUACCAAAGUAUUGAAAAGCGAUCCGAGAAAUAUUUGGACCUCGAACGGAAUUGGUUGCGUAUUGGCUCAUAAAGGAUGUAUCAACGAAGCUCGCGAUAUUUUUGCAUCUGUUCGCGAAGCUACUGCUGACUUCUGCGACGUCUGGUUGAAUAUCGCCCAUGUUUACGUUGAACAGAAACAAUACAUCAGUGCUAUUCAGAUGUACGAAAACUGUAUGAAAAAAUUCUACAAACAUCACAAUACCGAAGUUCUACAGUAUCUGGGUAGAGCGUAUUACAAAGCUGGAAAAUACAAGGAAGCCAAAACAGUUUUUCUGAAAGCACGAAGAGUAGCUCCUCACGAUACAGUUAUCUUGUAUAAUAUCGCUUUAGUACUGCAAAGGCUGGCCACGCAGAUUCUUAAAGACGAGAAAUCCAAUUUAGAUACCGUAUUACAAGCCGUACACGAGCUAGGUUUAUCCCAAAGGUAUUUCCAAUACUUGGCCACGCACGGUGACCGUAUGAAGUACGACGUUACAUUAGCUGACUGCGAAGCCAAACAAUGUCAAGAUUUGCUGAGUCAGGCUCAAUAUCACGUUGCUCGUGCUCGUAAAGUGGACGAAGAAGAGAAACAACUGCGUAAGAAACAGGAAGAAGAACGUGAGAUUUUCCGAUUGAGGCAACUAGAAGAACAGAAACAAGCCGAAGAGAAACAACGUGUGCAAUUAGAGGAGAUGCUUCAGAAACGUCAAGAGUUCAAAGAGAAGACUAAAGGGGCGUUGAUAUUCAACGAUUUCCCAUCCGAAAAGAAAUCCAAAGGUAAAGGACGCGGUAGAGAUAGAGAUUACGUCUCCGAUUCCGGCUCCAGUGCUCCGGGUAGCCCUUCGGCUGAACCUAAGGCACCGAAGAAGAAACGUAAAAGUGAGGCUCCGAAAGAGAAAAAGAAACGUGGUAAGAAACGUCGCGACGAAGAUUCUGGUGGUUCUGGUAGCGAUAGACCGAAGGCUAAGAAAGGACGUAAGAUGAAGGAGAAGAAACCCAAAGAAUCUGGAUUGACUGGAAGACAGAAAUUAAGAAUCGUUUCGAAGGCAACGAUCUCGGAUAGCGAUAGCGACAGCGAUGACGAUAAACUACGUAUUGCGAGCGGUCGAUCGAGGAGCGGUUCCAGGUCGAGUCGUUCGAGAAGUCGUAGUGGAAGCGGAUCAAGAUCUGGUAGUGCAGGCAGCAGACGAUCCGGCAGCGGUUCCAGAUCAAGAUCAAGAUCGAGAUCACGCUCCGGCUCUAGAUCUGGCUCAGCAGCCAGUAGACGAUCGAGAAGUAGGAACAGGAGCAGAAGUGGUAGUCGAUCGGGCUCCGGUUCGAGAUCGGGAUCGGGAUCGCGUUCGAGGUCGAGGUCAAGAUCACGGUCAGGUUCUAGAUCGCGAUCUGGUUCCAGAAGUGUGUCCAGAUCGAGAUCUAGGUCCGCUAGCAGAAGUCGAUCCAGAUCGGGUAGUAGAUCGAGAUCGAAAUCGAAAUCUAGAUCUAGAUCGAGAUCGAAGUCAGGCAGUCCAGCCAGCAGAAGAUCCGGCAGUGGAUCUCGUUCCAGAUCAGGAUCCAGAUCGAGAUCAGGCUCAGCCAGCGGGCGUUCUAGAAGCCCAUCAGGGAGUCGUGGCAGUCGGUCUAGAAGUAGAUCACCGUCAGCUAGUUGAAUUCGGAACGUAUCAUAUUGUAGCACAACAAUUAUUAUCUAGACAUUACGCCCUUUCUGUGCAAGGGUUUUGACGAAAGAGUUAUCUCAAUGUAAUGGCGUCGAAGAGUUCAGAAGUUGGAGAUAUUGUAAAUUCAUCUUGAAAAAAAAAUGAAAGAUGGUUUAGUUUUUCUGAAUUUUUUAUAUGUUACAUUCUCAUCCUUAAUUGUCACGUUAAAGACUAACGCGUUCAUCGGUGGAAUUAAUGCUGAUAAUGAAUAAUGAUACAAAGUGUAACUGGUUACAUUAUUUUCGAUACUAUGUAUUGCGUGUAUGUAUUAUUUUUUUUUAAUAAUUAUAAUGUUCAUUUUAUCGUGAUACUUA